UUACUACUUGCAUCUAGAACAACUUGCUUUUGCAGUCCAGAAAUAUAACGUGGUUCCAAAACCGAUUCUGGCGUAUUAUCGUUAAUUCUAUUUAAUUCGUCGUUUGAAGACGCACGAGAUAAAAUACUUUCCAUAAGGGCGGGAUUCAUAGACGUUGCUUAAACUCUAUCUUGAGAUAGUCUUCGCCAAGGCCAGCUUAACGUCCAAAACUAUCUUGAGAACGUCCUAUAUGCACAGUUGAGUCUUGAAUAAUUUAGUUUUAGCUUAAGACUGUCUUCAUAAAGUUUGUGCUCAAGCACUAAAAUUUUAGAAAUGUUCGGAAUUCCCUAGAAAAUGUAUAGUAUAUGCAUACGUAAAGGAGAUCCGUGUACACAUACAUACAUUAUAUCAGUGCAUUUCUCGGAUUUUAAUAAAAAAAAUAUAAUGUCUAGUAAGAGAGCUAUAUAUUCCGAUUUGGAAAAGCAAAUAUUCCUUGAGAUUUUAAAAAAGUACAAACACGUAAUUGAGGCUAAAGGUACAAAUUCUUCUACAUUGAAAGAAAAGUCAGAAGCUUGGUUGUUAAUUAUGACGGAGUACAAUGAUUCUUCCUUAAUUUCUACUAAAAGAGACGUACAACAAUUGAGAAAGUAUUGGUCUAAUUUAAAACAACAAAGUAAAAACAUAUUGACUACUGAAAGACAAUCAAGGUUUCUCACAGGAGGAGGAUCACAACAAAAUAUUGACGAAGUUGAUCCUAAUGUUUUAGACAUUGUCCCUGAUUUAAUGACAACAGCACCAACUAUUUCUUCAAGUAAUUUUUCUACAAAAGAGUCUACAGAUCGACAAAGAGAAGUUUUAAAAGCCAUUAAGCAAAAUUCUUUGACAAGAAUUGAUCACAUUUCUAAUAGAGAACAUUGGGAAAAACAAAAAAAAGGCUUAUCAUCCAAUACAUCAUCUAAUCAAUCAAUAUCUGAUAAUAUAAGUGAGAAUGUAAAUGACACUAUGAUAAUUGAUUUUGAGAUGGACGAUGCUGUACCAAUAGAAGAAACUUUUAGUAAUGACUGUGAUACAUAUAUUGAAAAUGAAAAUACAGAUUUAUUAAAAGAUAUUAAGAAAAACAAACGUGCAAAUGUCAAUAAAUCAUGUCUCAAUUUAAAGAAGCAAAAAACGGAAAGAAUGACAUUAGUCUGUGAAAAAGAAAUGGAAUUAGCAGAUAUAAAAAUUAAUCACGAAAUAGAGAUAUGUAAACUCAAGAAAGAAAGAGAAGAGUUUAUCAAUAAAAUUACUGUGGAAAGGUUAAUCUUAGAAAAAAAGGAAGUAGAAGAAAGAGUCAAAUUAGCAAAAUUCCGUGCUCAAAAAGAAAUGGGAGACCAUUAUUAUAUCUCUGGGCCACAAUAAGUUUUAUACAAGUUAUAUUAAGUAAUAAUAAGAUAUAUGCAGUUAAAUAUUUAAGAUAUAUGUUAAUAAGUUAAAUAUUUUUAUAUAACAAGUUGAAACGUGAUUAUUAACUUAUGUGUUAACUAUACAUAUAAGAUAAAAAAGUAUUAUUUUUUGUUUCAUUUAUUCGUUUAUUUUAUGUUAUUAUAAAAGUUUCUAUUUGUAUUUUGUGAUAAAGUUUAAGACUGAUAAUACUAAUAAAUGUACAGUCAAAGGAAUAAUUAUUUUCUUUCAUAUGUUAUAAGCAUCGUAUAUUAUAUGUAUAUUGUUAACAAGUGCCUAAUAUAAAAAUAAAAGUGUAAUGAAAUAAUGAAA